GAGACAAGACCAUCGACGAUACAGGGAGGCGGCGUACUUGCGCAAAGAGUAUCCAAGACUCGUGGCAUUGGUCGACGAAGAUCAUGAAAAAGUGAUAAAGAAUAAACCAGUGAGAAUCUCGAAGAUAACGAACAAGCCAAAACCGCCUAAACCCUCAUGGAUUCGCGCUGGUGCUCGCCGUGGACGGCCCUACAUCGUCGGGUCAAAUGACGCAUUGACUUAAGGCAAUAACAUAUACUUAUAUAGGUGGUGGCCACCCAUCCCCUUCCUUAUGAUUCAUGACUGGGAUCAUUCUAUAAAUAUUUCUAUGCGUGGUGAGGAGGACCACGAAGAGAAAAGGAGCACUCUAACCAAAGCAGCUCUUCCUUUCGUUUCCUUUGGACAAACGUAUGAGUCUCGUUUUCGCUGUUGAUGACGACGCAAACCUACGUGUCUGGGAACCGCCUCAAGAAGUUCCGGACGACUACCGCAGUCUCCAAGUCCAGCGUGUGAUUCACACUAGCUUCGUCGUUUUGGAUAGUUACGAAUCAUUUGUUCAAGCAUGACCUUGAAAGACCAUUUGUUUAUCAAGCGUGACGAUGAAACAAGCGGGAGUAGUUGGAGGCCGAGUGUCUUUGUUUCAUGUUGAUAUUGUUCUUUUUUAAUUAUCAUCUUCCUCUGGUCUGUCUUUUUUCUAGUUAGGUCGGCGGGCUCCACCACAAAUUAUCAUCAACAUCAUUGAUAUUCGUGUGAACAGCAGCAAAGCUCGUUCCCUCUAAAGAAGCAUCGACCGCGUUUAUGGCGACAAGGCGGAGACUGACGAACAGAAGCCUCCCAACACGAUCACCAACUCCGAGGCUAGACCCAACGGAUUCUUUUCCUUUGAACUUGGUACUGAUAAUGUUUUUACAAGGAACGAAUAGUAGGAGAAGAUGAAGUACUUAGCUUGCGAUUGCCUAUCCUCCAUAACAUGUAAAAAGCAAGUGAGUGAGAUGUUAUUAUAGUCGUUUUGGAUCAUUCGUCUUGGGAGGUCGCAUUUCCACAAUAUUGUUAAACUUUUUCAUUAUACCACUAGCCCUACAUCAACAGGUCGUUCCGGUCAUCAAUUCGCGACGAGCGGAGGUGUGGAUGUUCUCCGAAUUUUCAAAAGUAGAAACUGGGAUCAUGAGACUGUAGAGAAGCUGUAUUGUACUAAAGUCAAGUCCACAACAUGUUGGGUGCCUGGUAGAAAAGGGGGAAAAGGAAAAGUUAAGGCUUCAGCUUCUACUAAUCCAUUUCCAUCGCCGAUGGAAGCAUCCUGAGGCUGGUACUUCUCCUCAACCGGGAGAAGGUUCCAGCCUCCAUGCGCUUCGAGAUGGGCUAGGGUGAGCUCUAAAAAAGGCAAGAAAAGUGGCGGGAAAGGUGUUGGUGGUGGCCGUGGUGGUGGUAAGAAAGGCGAUUUUGGAGGACAAAAUGUUGAUGCUUGUCAGGAGGUAGUUGUAUACGACCACGGUAAUGCAGCUGGACGAGGAUACGAAGAUGGUAUUAAUGCUGGUGCAGGACGAGGUGGAUAUCAACAUGAUACCCUUGAGGUUCCUGGAUACCAUAAUUCUUGUGCUGAAGAAGAACCUGGUUUCGAAAUGCUUCAACCACGACACAUCAAUCAAGAACAACCAAAAGAGUUGUUACACAAGAAUCAAGAACGUGAACAUCAGAUGAAGAACGGGGACAACAACAACGAGACGACACGGCGUCACUAUAGUGACACGACCAGCGUACAGACUAUGCGAAGUUCUCCUUCUUCAACAAAACGCAAUAGAGAGAGGAAGAAUAAGUUCGAUCACUCCUUACCUUGUUAAGGCUACCGCUGAAGCAUCCUCACCAUUAUCCUUGGGCCCUUUUUCUGCUUGAAAACGAAGCCAAGGACGAUGCUCUCAGGGAUGCAACGCGUUAGCUCUAAUAUUGGUCUUCAUCCGAAGAAGGCUCUGAAAACGGUGACAGAAAUACUACAAUCCUAGAAGAGGAGCCUGAAGAAGAGGAAAAAGAAGAAGAUCGAGUUUCCCCUUACAAGGUCUAUUUUGAAGGCACUUGGGGUCCCGAAGGCGAGUCUGGUGUGAAUUUGACAAUUUCGCCGAAAAAAACUUUCGAACUUUACAUGAAUAUGGUUGUGCAUGGUUCGGAUAGGUUUAUUGUUGCAAUGAGGGAUGGGCAGACUGGUGAGUUUUUGGGAACGAAGUGCUUAGACCGAGAUGGAUGGGGGAUUUCGGAACUUAUGAAAGAUUUCUUUAGAAGACCUUGCUAUUCUUAAUAUGGUACCCACUGUGACUGACACUGUUGAUUUGAUAUCAAUAGAUCGCGAGAUCCCCUUCUUCUAAGCGGUCUGUGAAGUAGUGGAUAUGCUUCAAAAGCGUUCGCUAAUAUUAUAUUGCGUUCGCUAAUUUUUGUAACUAGUACUGCUCUCCCUCUUUUAAUACAUUUUGAUUUUCUAACAUACCCGGCGCAGCAACCACCUUCAAACGCAAAAAGAAGAAACGAAACGAGAACAACAAAGAGCAAGAGGGGAACGGCAAAGAGCCAGAGGAAGAGCCUCGGCCCUAUGACUCAUCUUACACCAUUCAGAAUCAAGAAAAAGCCCAACUACUAGGACACCUGCAGAAACUAGAAUUAAGGCAACCGAUACCGAAGAGAGCAUCUAUUGAACAUCAUCCAUGCUGGCUGUUCAUUUUCCAAAGGGAAAAGACGCCAAGGAUGUAAUCAGAGAUGCGAACGCGGUAGCUGCUCUAAAAGAAGCAUUUCUAGAGAGGUUCAUCCCGCAUGUUUCACACUGUUGUACAUCCACAGAGACGAAUCCAGACCGCAAGCCUGUUUUGUUUACGCGCUACGGCAAAGGUGAUGAUCGAGUGUACGCGCGAUUUGCUACGAUAGAAGAAGCAAAACCAGGAGGGCUUGGAAACGUGCAGACUCUUACACACGAGGAGUAGUCCUCUACUUUCCCCGUACUGAAGAAUCUCAACCUCGUGCAGCUGCUCCAGCUGCUGGUGCUGCUGCUGCUGCUCUUUAUAGGCUCAACAACAUGGGGAAACAUCUACUGCUUUAUUAGCUGCUGCUGCUCAACAACAUGCCGCGUAUACAACAAGUACAACAACGUAUGGUGACAGCUAUACUACCAAUACCAAAAAUAGGUCGUGUCGGACGAUCUAGAGAAGCUCGAGGAUGAAGAAGCAACGUGAUGCUGCAUUUGAGUUUCGCAUUAAAUGAUAAACGUCGAACUAGUAUCUUCCCCAUCCAUCUCGUCAAUGACCUGUUCGUCACACGCGCAUCCCCAUUUUUUUAGUGAUAAUAUUCUAGAUCACGAUUACGCAAAAAAGUAUUCUCACCCAUACUUGCUACAAGUACAUAUUAUUUGAAGAUUUACUCGGUAAAAUGACUACUACCCGUGCCUUAAAAGAUACUAAUUGAUCUUCGUGUCUCGUCUGUAUCGAAGUAUCUCCUCGACGCUUAAUCGAGACUCGAGUUGUCAAGAACAGAGUUGGAGUCAACGACGUCGAUCUCCGCUAAAAAAGAGUUGUAGUCAACGAUGAC